UUUAGAAGCCGUUUAGUGGUCGUUUAGUGGAUUUGUGGGACUUGGGUCAAGUGGGCAACUAGUUUUUUAUGCAGCUCUGUAUUGUCUUGUAGUAUUCUCGAAAUUAAUAUUUGUUCAUUAACAGCUGUUAAACCUAUAGUUAUUGAAUAGAAUAAUAUCGUAUUGAUGAUUAAUCGAUUGAUUCAAGCUGAAUCAAUUAUAAAGCUAGUGAAUUUCCAGACUACUAAAUAUUGACAGUUACAAAUCUUCACGAUUUGAACAAUGUGUCAGCGUUUUGUCACGCUCGUGGCCUCCCGCCUGAUGAAAUGCCGCGUAUGCGAUUAUCGCACCGUCGUGUAGAGACCAUGCGUAAAUAUAAACAAUCAUUGCCUUGCGGCCGUCAAUUUGAUGAUCAUUGCCGUUUCCCGCCUCGAAUGGAUCUGAUAUUGCGAUAGUGCGUGUUCUACAAUAAUCCCCUUGUUUUUGUAAAUUCCAGAAAUUUGGUAUCAUAAACAGAGUUCUUCAGAAUGGUUAGCGCCAGUAUGAUCGAUCAUUCGGAUCAGGUUUUAGUGAGCCUAGGAGAAUUAUGCAUAUCGGAUGAUUAUUCCGAUGUAACAUUCGUCGUAGAAAACGAGCGCAUUUCAGCGCACCGCGCCAUCCUAGCAGUACGGUGUGAGUACUUCCGGGCGCUUCUGUACGGUGCUCUGGAGGAGAGUAAGCAGAGCGAAAUAACGCUUGAUGUAUCGUCGACCGCCUUCAAGCAUCUGCUCCGGUACAUCUACACCGGCUCCUUGGAAUUGAAGGACAUGGAGGUGGACGAUAUACUAACUUUACUCGGAUUAGUCCACCAAUAUGGCAUCACUGCCUUCGUGAAAGCCAUCUCAGACUACCUGUAUGGAGUGUUGACUGUGGAGAAUGUGUGUACCAUUGCGGACGAGGCGCGUCUGCUCGAUCUAAAGGAUUUAAUGGAGAAAUGUUAUGAAUUUAUUGAUGAAAACACGCGGAGCAUCAUACAACAAGAAUCCUUCAGCAAAUUGUCAUACGACAUGCUUAGCAGCGUGAUCGAUCGCAAUAGCUUAAACAUUGAAGAGAUCGAAAUUUUCCAAGCCACUCACAAGUGGUGCAAGAGCAACGAAAAUAAGUGGUGCAAAAUAGGAGAAAAGAAAAAGUCUAUUUAUGAUAAAAUACGCUAUGAAGCAAUACCGCGCAAUAGUUUACUUGACAUAGUGCGUCCUACUGGUGUUCUAAAUCCGAAUCGAUUGUUGGAUGUAAUAUCAGCUCAAGAUAAAACCGGUUUUCAUCCCUACCGAGCUGGUUCAUCACCGGGUAAAGACGUAGCUGCAAACGCGAAAGUGGAAUGGACAACGGCUGCAGAACAUAAUCAAGUUCGUUUUGACCUUGGUAAACGAUACUUUAUCAAUCAUGUUUACAUUACUACGGGUGCACCAACAGAACCACAUUCUCCAGGUACCGUUGCUUAUUCGCUAAUUCCGAAGCAGGAAAGUCUGUCGGUAUCAUCUGAUGGCAACUCAUGGUCCACCGUGUCUUUGGGACUAUAUAACACCGCUUAUUUCCAGAGCCAUCCAUCCAUUAGCUUCCGUAUGCAACCAGUGCGAUACAUCCGCUUUCAAACACCGUAUUAUAAAGAGAAUUCCUCGAUUUCUAUAUCGGCCAUGUUAAACCCUUUCCAAGGUGCACAAAAUAGUGAAUCGCCUGCUAAACCUCGUUAAUAUGACUACACGCCCCUUUUUUAUUUAGUUUUGUUUAUCAACUUAUAUUUCUAUAGAUAUGGUUAUCCAAUUCCAAAAUACAUUAGCAUUGUAAUCGA